GAAAGUAGACCACGUGGACGUGUUAGGAUAAGAACACGUCAGCCUAAAAUGUCAAAACUCUUUUGGUUUAGGAACAUCGCAAAUUUUGUGUUUCGAGGUUGUAGUAAAGCUCAACAUGACAUGUUUAACACAAUUACAAACAGACAGGUGCAUGCAACUUGUUUGGUUCAAGCUGUGAUAAGAGAUACACUGCAAAGUAGUGAUGAUCUGAAUUCAGAAUCUCAACCACAGGAAAAAAACAAUAGCAGCAAGAAGAUAAAACCACCAAGCCUGCGUGAUUUAUGGAAAUCUGACACGGAUGUUUCGUCACAACAAAAGAAAAAACAGAGGACAAAGCCGGGAGAUAAUAUCGCAAAACAGAAAAGUUAUCCAAGACAUAAUAAAAACAACUCGUUGCACAUGAGAGUUGGAAAUAACAGUGAGAGAGGUGGCAAAGACGAUUUGAAAUUUAAACCUUUUUCUUUACCGAAAGAUAGUGACAAUACGUGGGCAGAUACCGAAGUUCGUCAAAAAUGGAAUAAGAAACGUAAAUGUUAUACAGAAGAUCUAGACGAGGAAAGUACAUUUGAGGAAGGUCAUCUAGAUUUGAAUGGAGAAACCCGUUCUCAUAGAGAUGAACAAUGGAAUAAACAACUAGAAAGUUUCAAAUGGAAUAUGGAACAGCCUGAAAAGGGGAAAAAGUAACUGAAGUGAUAGGUUAAGGUGAACUUUAUGCCAUCACAAUUUUCACCAGCUUUAAAUUUGAGUAUAUAUAUCUUUUUGAACUAUGAAAACUGUUUGAUCAAAUAUAUAGCCAUAAUGAGAAUGUGGUUGUUGAUAUACUAUAUGUGGCAACUAAAAAAUCUCUGAGGGACCCAGCAACAAUUGUAAUGGGAUUUCCUGUCAGAGAUUCUGAAAUCAAACGGCUUUUUCUGGUGCCAUUUUGGGGUCAGAUAUUGGCCCCACUCCAAAUGGAAAAUGUUUACAUUUUUUUUUCCAAUAUCUGAAAUUUCAAAAAAAGCAUUUUUUGUACAUCUAAGCUUGUAUUUUGAUGAUAAUACAACAGCUGCAUGAGCCUCGGGUCUCCUGCUCAAUAUUUUAUCCCUUGGGUUUGAAUAACCUUAUCCAUACCUCUUAUUAGGGAAGGAUUCUAUUAAUCUGGGGUCUUAGACGAGUUUCAUUUUCCCUUACUAUGAGAUGACAGAUUUAUGGAAGGAUUGUUUUAUUUGUAUGAGACUCUUAGAAGCUAAAGUGAAAGAAUUAAAGUACGGUAGUUUCAAUGAAAUUGAAAUGUAUAAGAUCCAUUUUGUCAAACGAUCAAGAAUGUUUGCGAUUGUCACCAUAUAGUUAUAAUACUCUCCAUGUUGAUGUCAUAAAAACUGUAAACUUACCAUCUUUUCAUCAUCAUUACAUGAUUUAAAAAAGGUCGUACAUGCAUUUUGUAGUUCAUUUCCAAAAUAUUGAUAAUAUUGUAUUGAAUACAGUACAUAUUAAAUAGAUGCUAUUAUUCCAGAUUUUCCAUUUGAUGCCAAAGACUUUCUUGUUUUGUGAUCCUUUGAGAAUUUCCUUUUUAUAAAAUGGCAUUAUUUAUGAUUCUGUUAAUGGAACAGGGUGCAAUGGGAGAUCUGAUAUAUAUUUCGUUUGUUGUGUCAACCUCUUGUGAUAAGAUUUGGUAUAAUGAAUACACAUUUUUACAAUUAUCAUUGUGUUGAUU